CAAUGGCGGGAUACCAGCUUUGGUCACCAUGGACCCCACUGGAUGAGAGCUUUCAAUGGCUGCGGCAUACAACACCUACACCUUCUUCUAAACACCCCUUCAGGGCCUCCCCCUGCUUCCCACACACUCCUUCUGACCUUGAAGUGCAGCUGUGUUUUCAAGAGGUCACUCUAGUCCUAGACAGCCCAUUUCUGGAAACUGGAGUGAGUCCCAAGUUACCCUGCCACACGUCACAGUUCCGAACCAUGAACAACAAGAAAGGGCUGGUUAGGAAGCCCCAACCUGUCCGUCUCAGUGGAGUAGAUUCUGUCUUUGGCAGGGUCAUCACUGUUCAGCCACCAAAGUGGACUGGGACCUUCAGAGUUUCAGACAAGUCAGCCUUUUGCAAAAUCAUCAGUCAGGAGCACCGGUGGCCCACUGGACUUAAGGAGCCUCAGAUUCAGAUGACUGUGACUAUGUGCAAACAGAUGCUGCGCUCUAUCCUCUUGUUGUAUGCAACAUAUAAGAAGUGCACCUUCGCCUUGCAACACUCCAAGUAAAGGAUCUCCACCUGAUUCCCAGUUCUCACACCAUGGCCUUUAGUAUGUGCCUGAAGCUUGCAGAACCUGCUCAUGUAAACAAAACUGUGACACCAGCC